GAGGAGGGGCUGGAAGAAGGGGGGCGAGAGAGAGGCAGAGGAGCGGAGUUAAAGCUACAGGAGGCCUGAUCCGUGCAAGAACCGGGCUUCCUCCUGCGUCUGGGAGGAGCGAAAGUUUUGCGUCCCACCGACGGCGGGGAGGUUUGGGGAAGGCGCUCGCUCCCGGGGCGGACCUUGCUCUUGCAGUCGCCCCACCACCAGCAGCACCCAAGCAGAAGGGCACCCCCGCACCCACCCAGCCACCUAAGCACCCAGAAGUGGCUGAUCGCGGCCGUCCGGGCAGCCUCCCGCGAUGGACGCGGUGCAAGCGGAGAAGAGCAGCGCAUACGUUUCGCCUCCCAGCCCCGACGGGCCUCUGGAUCGCGGCAGCCCCAGCCCGGUGCCGUCGUCGGGCAGCCGUAGCCCCAGUUUGCAGCCGGGGCCGACGGCGACGGGGGCUCCGGGAGCUGCGGGCGAGGCGGUCCGCGACAGCUCUCAAGUGAACGCCAUCACGGUGUUGACUCUUUUGGACAAGCUGGUCAACAUGCUGGAUUCGGUGCAGGAGAAGCAGCAGAAGAUGGAGCAGCGUCAGGUGGACCUGGAGGGCUCCGUCAAGGGCAUCCAGAGCGACCUGAGCAAGUUGUGCAAGCAGCACACGUCCACCAGCAACACGGUGGCCAAGCUGCUGGAGAAGUCGCGCAAGGUCAGCGCCAACACGCGCGAGGUGCGAGAGCGCAUGGACCGCCAGUGCGCGCAGGUGAAGCGGCUGGAGCACAACCACGCGCAACUGCUGCGCAGGAACCACUUCAAGGUGCUCAUCUUCCAGGAAGAAAACGAAAUCCCGGCCAGUGUGUUUGUGAAAGAGCCUGUUCCCAGUAUUACCGACGGGAAGGAAGAGCCUGUUGAUGAGAACAAAACUUUGGAGGAAACCUUGCACACUGUAGAGCUUUCCUCAGAGGAUGAAGCACCCCAUGAUGAAGAGGGGGCAGACGAUAGCAUGGAUGAGAAAAUCGGGGAGACGAGAGCUGAGAAAAUCAAGAGGUCCAGCCUCAAGAAGGUGGACAGCCUGAAGAAAGCGUUUUCCCGCCAAAACAUCGAGAAGAAGAUGAACAAGUUCAGCACCAAGAUCGUCUCUCAUGAGAGGAGGGAGAAGAUUAAGAAGUCCCUCACCCCUAACCACCAAAAGUCCUCCUCAUCAAAAAGCUCAUCUUUCAAGGUCUCUCCCCUCACGUUCAACGUGAAGAAGGUUCGGGAUGGAGAUCCCUCCGCAGAAACGGAAGACAAGCCGGCAGAGGCUACCGGCAGUGAGCACACAGCAAACGACGAGGAGACAUCCUUCACCGAGAUCCACUCCGACCUGGCCUCUCCCAGUUCUCUGGCGGAGGAAGGGAAAGCCUUUGCUGAUUCCCUGGAAAAAGAAAACGGGAGUGAAGGAGAUGCAGUGGUCAACAACAACAUCGAGCUCGCCAUCGUUGAAGAAGGCGAUGACUAUAGGGCUUCGCUCGAAAUCAGGCAGGAACUCUACGAUGAAAGGAGCAAACCGACCAGCGGGGAGAUGGAGCACUCCGACGAAGAAUCAAACCAGGCCGCUGUCCUCCACGUCAACCAAACUGCAUAAAUGAUCUGAGCCGUCUUUUAUGUUUGUAUAUGCGGUUUUUUGUAGUUACAUCAGUAAAACAGGGCUGUCACACAAUAAACAAGGGGCAACGGUAA